GCUGCUUACAGCACAUCUCCUGCUAUUUCCCACCCAGGCAGUGCAGGGCUGACGCUUCUCACAGGCAAGUGUGUCCCCUGCCAGCCGUCUCCCAGCUUUGCUUUGCACCAGGAGUUACAAUGAAUUUUGCAGCCCAGUUUAUCUACUUCAGAGUCUUAAAAAACAGAAGUCCCAGGGACCGCUACAGGGAAGACGAAGACUACGAUCCUUUCUGGCAAAGGUUGGAGAAUAUUGCUGUCUGACUUAGAGCUAGAGUGCUCCUUUAUCCCCCUCAGGGGUCAUGGUCAGCCCUCGGGGUCCACCCAGGGCCAGGCCCACGGACAUGACAACCCCUGGACCCCUCCUGCCUCCUUAUGGUGUCGUAGUUGGAGUUUUGCUUCGCCUCGUUGUUUAUUUAGUCGCUGUGCUGUAUAGUUAUGCUGAGCAGCUGUUCUUGAAAAAGGAUGACAAUAAAAUAAAGAAACAAGAUAUGCCAGCAAUCUGUGAUCUUCACUGCUGUAAGGAUGUGCCUGUAAGAAAUGGCCUAAUUAGGCAGAAGCCACCCUCUAUCAACCCCGAGAGACUGAAGGAUUUUGGGGAGGAGGAUUACCUCAACGGGGAUGUGAAGACCUGGGAAAUGAAGAUAGUGAGCCGAAAUGAGGAGUUACUUAGGGAUGCCCUUUCCUGCAUCCCUCAGCCAAGCAGUAGGACCAGCCUGACAAGCUGUAACAAGCUGAUUCGAUUUGAAGACAUUAGUGCAGCAGCCUUCAAAAUCCAGUGUGGUGUUCAGAAAACCCCCUGCAUGUAUUCUAGGCUAUCCAAGCAGUAUGGAAUGGACAUCUACCUGAAGAAGGAGUUCCUCCAGUACACGGGGUCUGUGAAGGAACGAGGGGUACUUUACCUUCUGAUGUCAUUGCCUCAGGAGCAGCAAAGAAAAGGGGUGAUUGUGGCUUCGGACAGUAACUUUUCCAUGGCUGUUGCUUACCAUGCCUCAGAGCUCCAUAUUCCCGUGUUUGUCAUCGUGUCCACCAGCACGGCUCCAGCCAGGGUGAAAAUGUGCCGUGAGUACGGCGCCAUGGUGAUCUCCUACGGCACCACUGCGAAGGAUUCCCAGGUGCACGCCAGGAGGCUGGCACAGGAGAAUGGUUACCUCUACCUCGAAGAGGAGGACAGUGCUGUGUACCUGUCAGGCCUGGGAACCGUGGGGCUGGAGAUGUACGAGCAGGUGCCAAAGCUGGACGCAGUGAUUUUCCCUGCAGGUGGCCACUGUGGCUUGCUGGCAGGGUCAGCUGCUGCACUCAAACACCUCAACCCACAUAUUUCUGUAAUUGGAGUUGAAUCUGAAAGUUUCCCAGUAUUGCAGCAGUCCUUAAAAGCUGGCCACCCAACUGAUGACCAGGCCUGCAACAAUCAUCACUUCUAUGGAGAUGUGAGUGGAGUUUGCUUUGGCAGCAAUUCUUUGCAGCUGACUGGGAAGCUUGUAGAUAAAGUUGUUGCUGUGAGGGAGGAGGACAUCCUCAUUUCAAUGCUGAGGCUGCUGGAGUAUGAGCGAGCCACGGUUGAUGCAGAAGGGGCCAUUGGACUUGCAGCACUGGUGGCAGGGAAGCUGCCUGAGUUGAAGGGUAAAAGAGUGGCAGUGGUUAUAUGCAGUGGAAACCUGGAAUUACAUUUGCUGCAACAGUGCAUAGCUCGUGCCCUGACCCUGGAUAACAGAGUGUGCAGAUUUUCCCUUGUGAUUUCCGACUGCCCAGGAGACAUGUCAAAGCUACUGGAGAUUUUGGCUCGGGAAGAAGCAAGAGUUUUGGAUAUCAAACAAGAACGCACAUUUGUGACGUCUGAGCUCUUCACUGUCAAGGUCAUCUGCACUGUGGAGACCAGAGACAAGAUCCACACAGCCCAGCUGAGGAAUGCCCUCUUGGAACGCUACCCCACAACUGCCUGGACCGAGCGGUGACGGGCACAGCGCGGUGAGGGGGCACCAGGGCCUCUGACAAGGAUUCCACAGAGCCCCAGGCUCCAGGCUUUCACAACAAAUAUUAUCUUUCAAAGCUGAACAGUUAGCAAAUAGUUUCAGGUUAUUUAUUUCCUGCUCAAAAUGUAGUAAGUAUCUUUGGGGAGAAAAAAAAAAUAAACUCAAAACUUUAGUUUAGCUAAGGGAAGCUCUUAGUUUCUGCUGGUUUGGAAUUCCUCAGUUCAUUAUCAGCUGGCUGCCUGGGUUUUAGCUAGUUUGUAGAAUCCAAUGAUAUUCUGUAAACAAACAAGGAGAAGGCAUUUCUCUUUAUAUCAGAAUAUAGACCUCUCAAAGGUCUUUUGAUUUUGAUGCCCCUUGUUAAAGUAAUGCAGCUCCUUCUGCUGGACUUAGCCACGCUACAAGUACAGAAAUUUUCUGUUUCCAAGGCAGAAGCAGUUUUCUGUUCAUUAAAUCUGCUUCAGGAUAUGUGUACACGUGUGUGGGGUUGAACACACUUCUGUCCUGAUCUUUGCUACCACAUGAGGAAAAAUUAAUAGAAGGUGAUUUAAACACAGAUAGAAAAACCCUUGGAAGAUAAAAGCCAAUAUAAUAUUAAUUUUUUCCCAAGGGAAAAUGAUCCUAUUUGCAAAAUAAAAUUCCAAAAUAUUUUGCAGACAUUGAAAGAAAAGUAUUGAGUAUGAUUACAACUCAUAAACAGAACACAAAUUAUUUCUUGCCUCUGCUUUUGAAGACUCAGUAUAAAAAGUAGCAUAUAAACUGUCUUGUGUUUCUAUAUAAAAAAGGGGUCUUGCUAUCCAGGUGAAUUUUGUAAUUAGCAUUCCACUGAUUAUCUUAGUCUGUCUAAAACAGACUCUAUCCAUCUCACCUGACAGAUUAAGCACACUGUUAAUAGUGACAUAUAUUUAAAGACCACAUGUUUAUAGCCAAAGGCAGUGCUGAGAGAAGAGGAAGCCUAAGUCUUAGGGACGUGGCUAAUGCAAUUAACAAAGAACACAUUGACCUAAAUACCAUUUUUAUCACUGCAGGCAGAGACCAACUAAUAAUAUAACUGAGUGGGAUGGCAAGAAAUGUAAAAGAAGUUCAGGCCCUCUUCUGAAUGCGCACACAACAAAGUUACCCCUUUUCAUUUGGGCAGAAUUUAACUUCAGCUCUGGAAAGACUUUAUAGAACCUUCCAGUACCUAAAAGGGGCCUACAGAAAAGCAGCAUGGGACCUGGGGCAAGGGCUUUAAAGUGAAAGAGGAAAGAUUUAUGUUAGGUAUUAGGAAGAAAUGCUUUACUGUGAGGGUGGUGAAGCACUGACACAGGUUGCCCAGAAAAGUUAUGGAUGCCCCAUCCCUGGCAGGAUUCAAGGUCAUGUUGGUCAGGGCUUUGAGCAGCCUUGUCCACUGAACAGAACUGCACGACAGGGAGGUUGGAACUAAAUGGUCUUUGGGGUCCCUUCCAAGCCAGACUAUUCUGUGGUUCCAUGAUCCAUCUCCCUCUGUAUUCUUUUUCUGGGACAUAAUGUGUUUGCUCCUUCUUGUUGUGGUUCACAAAGGAGCAGGAGCACAGAGUCUGACAAAUGGUGGACAAAAAAUAGAAGUUGACAGAUUUGGUCUCUUUUUGGAAGGACUACGGUGGUUUGCACAUGGAAGUAAAAAUUACUGAUGCCCCAAUGGUUAGUUUUGUUCAAGGUAUAGGCCUUGGUCCUGUAAAUCACAGCUGUGUCCUGUCAGACACAACUCCUUUCUCCACUGUCAGAAGAGUUUAAGAAAUCUGUAUGGAAAUAGAUGACAGAGCCCAUAUUACAUACUUGCUACUUCCAUUGGAACAAGAAAUGAACCACUUAUCAACGAGCAGAUUUGGGAUGAAAACCCAGUAUCGAUAAGGGUAUAAUUAACCUCUCAUGUUUUUUGGCAAAAGUCUCAGGAAAUUUUGAGGAUGUCUCAGGUACCUCCAUGAGAAGAAAAUGGAGUUUUAUAACCAAAGUUCUCACUAGUGGCCAACAGGUUCUGCUGUCCAGAUAUUUGAUUUAAAAUUUUGUAUUUUCCUGGAUGUUAUUGUUUUAGAAGCUCAGAGCAUUAAUGACUUCUUUCCUAGUCAGCAGGAACUGCAUUUAGCAAUUUUACAUCUGGGGCAAGCAGAUGUAGCAGAUAGAGCAACCAAAAAUCAAUACACUUGAAAUCACUGUAUGAUUUUGGAAUGUGUUUGCAGUGGGGGAGAAAGAAGGUGAUGUCCAGAAGGUGCUUUAAAUGUCAAACAUGAUAUUUGCAGUUUGGUUUUAUUUUUAUUGUUUUAAGUAUAAACAUACUUUAAAGUCUAAAUUACUCUUCAGUAAUAAACACUUAUAUGUGAAUAUAAUAAUACCAGAGGUGUUUUUCUUUCUAUAUUGCCUUUAUUGAAGUCUCAUUGGCUUAAAUGAUAAAAUUAAGAUCUUCCAAGGGGAAAAACCCUCAAAAAUGAGACAUUUAAAUGAAUGUAUGCUUGGAAAGAAUAAUGAAAUACCUGUGCUGCUAACCUUUUCCUUUUUGAAUUAUAAAAUAUAAUAAGAUCUACAGCAUUUCAAAGAUCUAAAAAUGUGGUUUUGAAUGUUUUAUUUAAAGAAGUAUUUUUAUAUAGAGUGUUCUUAUAUACCUUGAAAAAUAACUUUAAUGAUUAUGUAAAAAUUUCACUAAUGGUUAUAAAAGCAAAAUAUAAAUCUAAGCAUUGUAUUUAUUUGAAAAAUAAUUAAAAUUCUGCUACAACCAGCAAUGAAA